AUGCUCUACAAGAUUGCCUUGGAAGAAGCCUGGAACUUCCCUAAAGGCGAGUCACUAGGUGGCUUCCAAUCCGCUUCUCUUGCUCCAAAGGGCGUCAUUGGUGGCGAUCUAGGCGCCAACCUCCUCGAUGUGCACGAGCAACGCUUGCAACAGAUGGACGAGAACGGCGUGGAGUUUAUGGCCCUAUCGCUCGUCUCAGCUGGUCCACAGAAGGUCCCAAAUCGCGAAGGCGCGGAGAAGCUCGCACUCGAAGCCAACAACGCCCUCAGCGCAGACGUUAUGAAGAGGUCGGAGAGGUUUGGGGGUCUAUGUAGUGUGAGCAUGCAUGAUCCGGUUCAAGCAGCGCAGGAAUUGGAAAGGUGUUUCACCGAGCUACAAGGCUUCAUCGGCUGCAUCCUCAACGACUACCAAUCCGCGGGCCCUGACGGGAACACAAUGCUCUUCUACGACGGGCCCUCCUACGAUACCUUCUGGGCCGCCGCCGAAACGCUCGAUUGUCCCGUGUACCUCCACCCCCGCGAAGCCACGCCGGAGAUCUUCGACAAGAUGUGGAAAGGCCGCGAGCACCUCGCCUUCAGCGCGCUCGGGUACGCAAACCGCCUCAACAUGCAUUUACUAGGCAUCAUCACAGCCGGCGUUCUGGACCGCUUUCCGAAAUUGAAGCUGGUGGUCGGGCAUAUGGGCGAGCAUAUCCCAUACGAUCUCUAUCGCAUUGAUCAUAAGCUCAACCGCGCAAGGUUUCCGGACAUGAAGAUGCGAAAAGAUAAGCUUGUGAGAGACUACUUUGGAAGCCAGGUCUUCAUCACCACUUCCGGGCACUUCAGCACUAACGCCCUGUUAUGUGCGGUCGCAGAGAUAGGGGUUGACUCGUGUAUGUUUAGUAUCGACUAUCCAUUUGAGAGUAUAGCCAACGGAUGUGUAUGGUUUGAUGAGUACGUAGAGGCUAGCAUCAACGCAAGAGACUUGGUGAAAAUUGGAAGAGGAAAUGCGUUGAAGGUGUUUGAGAGACUUGCGGCAGGCAUACAUGGGUUAGAGGAUAAGAGUCCUGCGCAAUGUGAGGUGGGCGGGUUGAAGAAUGGAGAGGGCGAAGUUGAGUUUGGCAUGUACAACAAGAGCUUUGAGAAGAGAGAAGUUAGAAAGGUUUUAUGA